GCUUUGUGUGAGCGUGCAUCGGUGGCACUGUGUGUUAGCGCAUGUCGGGGAGAGAGCAGACCCAGACGAGGGAGAACGAGGGGGAGACCAAAAGCAUUCUCUCUGCACACAGACAACCAAUAAUCAUUCUGCCUGCUGUCAAGGAAGACUAGUACCGGAUAUUUUAAAAAAAGUAACAAAGGAAAUAGACUCAAGAAAGCGAGAGCGAGGAAAAACUGGACUGCCUAAGACGAGGAAUAUUCUAUCACUCACUCACGUGUGGGUGUGUAUAUGUAUACAGUCACACACACAGCAGACUUCUAUCGGUCAAGCCAGCAAACUCACUCACACUCUCAGACAGUAAAAAAGGGAGGAAGCUGCCUGGAUCUUGCCAAAGAGGUGUUUCUGUGUGUGCAGCGAGAGGAGAAUGGAGGAGGGCUCGGUGUCUGUGGCCCCAGCAUGCAACUCUACGACCACCAACGCGGUGCUGAACAACCACUGCGCCGAUGACAGUAUCUCAGCGGCGAGUGCGUCUGACGUGCAGGACCGUCUGUCGUCUUUGGAGCUGCGUGUCCAGCAGCAAGAGGAUGAGAUCACCGUGAUGAAGGCGGCGCUGGCCGACGUGCUGCGACGCCUGGCGCUCUCCGAGGACACGGCCACCACCGCCAAGAAACAGACUAGCACCAAAGGCCAGACUCCCCUGCGCGAGGCCUACUCUAUGUCCUGCAUCGCCAACGGCAGCUCCAGCAGCCGCAAGCCCAGCCACAGAGACCGAGACAGCUCCACAGUUUCCGUCACCAGGAAGGAUACCUUCUCCUCAGCUGCCAAGAGCGGUCAGACAGCGGAGAGGAAAAAGGACAAGCCUCAGAUGGAGGGCAUCAAGGAGAAGGAGGAGGGGCCCUCCCAGCCCAUCCAGGCUAACGAUAAACCCUCCCCUGCCAGCCCCCCACCCCCCCUCACCCCACCCCCUCAGUCCCAAAGGCAGGCCCCGGAGAGCAAGGGCACCUCCCCAGCCAAAAGUGCGAAGCGGGGCACGGGAAUGGAGCGCUCACAGAGUAGUACCUGGGAGAGUGGCGAGGAGAGCAGGAACAAGCUGGUGAAGGCUGCUUCCACCUCCAAACUGCUGGCCAAGGUGGUGAAGAACGCAGACAAGCAUAAAGACCCAGUGAUCAGCCAAGCCAAAAUGUCAACCCGUGAGAAAAACAGCCAAGCAGAGGGAGAUUACAUCAAGAUGUUCAUGCGAGGUCGCCCCAUCACUAUGUUCAUCCCGGCGGACGUGGAGAACUACGAGGACGUGCGCACAGAGCUGCCUCCGGAGAAACUCAAACUGGAGUGGGUGUACGGCUACAGGGGGAGAGACUGCAGAGCCAACGUGUACCUGCUCCCUACAGGGGAGAGUGUAUACUUCAUAGCCUCCGUGGUCGUGCUCUUCAACUACGAGGAGAGAACACAGCGCCACUACCUUGGCCACACUGACUGUGUCAAAUGCCUUGCCGUUCACCCCGAUAAGAUCCGCAUUGCCACGGGACAGAUUGCGGGAGUGGACAAGGACGGCCGGCCGCUGCAGCCCCACGUGAGGGUGUGGGACUCGGUGAGCCUGUCCACCCUGCAGGUCAUCGGCCUGGGCACGUUUGAGAGAGGGGUGGGCUCCCUGGCCUUCUCCAAGGCGGACUCCGGUACACACCUGGCGGUGAUUGAUGAUUGUAACGACCACAUGUUGACUGUCUGGGACUGGCAGAAGAAAUCCAAAAUUGCUGAAAUCAAGUCUACAAAUGAGGUGGUCCUUGCGGUGGAGUUCCACCCUACUGAUGCCAACACCAUAGUAACCUGUGGCAAGUCACACAUCUUCUUUUGGACCUGGGCUGGCACCUCGCUGGCACGCAAGCAGGGCAUCUUCGGGAAAUACGAGAAGCCCAAGUUUGUUCAGUGUCUGGCCUUCCUCAACAACGGGGACAUCCUGACUGGAGACUCUGGGGGCGUCAUGUUGAUAUGGAGCCGGAGCACGGUGGAGCCGGCCCCAGGGAAAGGCCCCAAAGGUGCGUACCAGAUCAGUCGUCAGAUCAAGGCCCAUGAUGGCAGUGUGUUCACUCUGUGUCAGAUGAGGAACGGGACCCUGCUGACCGGAGGGGGCAAGGACCACAAGAUCAUCCUGUGGGACCACGGCCUCAACCCAGAGAGGGACAUAGAGGUCCCUGAUCAAUAUGGAACCAUUCGUGCUGUGGCUGAGGGCAAGGGCGAGCAGCUUUUGGUGGGCACGUCGCGUAACUUCGUCCUGAGGGGGACGUUUAAUGACGGCUUCCAGGUGGAAGUCCAGGGUCACACAGACGAGCUGUGGGGGCUGGCCUCUCACCCCUUCAAGGACCUGUUCCUCACCUGUGCCCAGGACAGGCAGGUGUGCCUGUGGAACUCUGUGGACCACUGCUUGGAAUGGACCAGGCUGCUGGAUGAGCAUGGACACUGUGCAGACUUCCACCCUAGUGGUGCUGUUGUGGCCAUCGGUACUCACUCAGGAAAGUGGUACGCUCUCGAUGCGGAGACCAGAGACCUGGUGGCCAUUCAUACAGACGGCAAUGAGCAGCUGUCAGUCAUACGCUUCUCCGUAGAUGGCACCCUGCUGGCAGUGGGAUCACAUGACAACUUCAUUUACCUCUACACCGUGUCGGACAAAGGACGCAAGUACACCAGAUACGGGAAGUGCAUUGGACAUUCCAGCUACAUCACACAUCUUGACUGGUCCCCCGACAACAAGUUCAUCAUGUCCAACUCAGGAGACUAUGAGAUCCUCUACUGGGACAUUCCAAAUGGCUGCAAGUACAUCCGUAACCGUUCUGAGUGUAAGGACAUUGACUGGGCCACCUACACCUGUGUGCUGGGCUACCAUGUCUUCGGAGUGUGGCCUGAGGGUUCCGAUGGCACAGACAUCAACGCCCUCAUCAGAUCCCACAACAGGAAGGUGAUCGCUCUGGCUGAUGACUUCUGCAAAGUGCACCUCUUCCAGUACCCCUGUGCCAGACCCAAGGCACCGAGCCACAAAUAUAGCGCCCACAGCAGUCACGUGACUAAUGUGACCUUCAUGCACAACGACAGUCACUUGGUGUCCACUGGCGGGAAAGAUACCAGUGUCAUGCAGUGGCGUCUGGUGGAGAAGACCCCCUCAUUGGUCCCCAGUGACUCUUCCCUCUCUCUGGGGGAGGGGCUCCUGCAUAACUCCAACCCCCGCGUCACCAUCCCAGCGGUGCCCCUGACGCCCAUCCCCACCAAGCCGGCCGUGACGCCAAUCGCGACCCCAACUCCGCCCUCCGUCCUCGACCUGACCUCUGACCCCCCAGCGGUGCCCUGCGGGGAUACGGCCAUCGUCACGCCCACCCCACCACCCACCGAGCCCACGACCAAUGGACGGCAGGAGAGCUCCCCUGAAACCACUCCCCCAUCCGGGAUGACCCCACCCCGCUCGGAGUGUACCCCACCCCCCUCCCACAGCACGCUGAGCCCCAAGGACAGCCUGGACCCCAGCGAUGACACAGCCACUCCUAGUGACGAGGGCCGCCCUUUCACCCCACCCUCGUAAAGAGCGUCACUUGUGAUGCAGCCUAGUGCGCUCUCCUGCUCAGCACUCCCCCCUGGAGGCACCUCGAUGUCACUGCGUUUCUCAGGAGAAGCGCAGCAGGGUUCAAUAUUUGCUGUUCAGGUUUCCUUUGUUUUUCUUUUUAGUUUCUUUUCAUGCUCUUCUUUUUGUUUUGUUUUGAAGUCUGUGUUAAUUGGAUAAGAAUGGAGGGUGUAAGUGAGACAAGCAGUGAUAUUAGUGGCUGAUGUUUUGUUUUACGCUGUCACUCGGCCUUGUGUGAGGAGAGAAUGUUGUGAUUGUUCUGGGUCGUACGGUUAAGUCAAGUCUGCAGAUGAAAGCUCUGUGAGAGAGGGACACACAAGCACACAGACGUGCAAACACUAGCACUAAUACACAAAGACACACAAAAUCACACUCCAACAUCACUCCUUGAUCAGCCAAACAGAUGCAGGAUCAUUUACACAGUUCAAAUAUAUUUGUAAUGUUGCGAUCAUAGAUACUCAUAUAAUACUUGAUACCAAGUAUUACUUAUGUCUUUAUACACAAGUAUAUUAUGCUACAAGAGCCUAGUGCCUCUUCCCUGAGCCUAGCUAAUGCUAGGCAGGUACCCCUGGCUAAUGCUCACUCCCCAGUCCAGCCCUUUGUCAAUACUCAUCAUAUAGUCUUUAGGCUAUGUUACCAUAGAAACUUAAACCUAAUCCUAGCUCAAUAAUGCAGCAACCUGCAAUAACACACCAUAGCAUACUGUGUGACCAGACACAACCAGUUAUACACAUGCAGCUAAUAGCACAUACACUCCAUCAUUCUGGACUUUCAAUCAGGUGUGUGUGUGCGCACGCGCCUGCAGACUGCUUCAUGGCAAUAAGCUGUUCUCUCUGGUAAGAGUCCCUGCAGGAAACUCAUCCAUCCAGUCUCGCUGUAAAGGCCAAAAAGGACUCUGAUGAAUAAUGGUCCAUAGGAUAUCCUGUGGCCCAUGGACAUUAUGACCACAGUGAACCACCAGCGACACACGUACCCAGGUGACUCUCUCACCUGCUCGCCCUUAAACGUGCUACCAUUUUUUUUGUUGUUAGCGUUUCUUUUCAUUUUCAUUUAGGAUUUAGACCUUUUUAAAAGCUCGUUCUGGGGAGUGUUCCUUCUCUGCUCUAUGGACUGAGAUGUUUUUAAGAUUUUUUUUUUUUUUUUUAAGUCUUAUGUGUGUGCGAGCUGCCGUUUACACGUUGUGUCAUUCCGGAGGAGGGUUUGUCCAGCCCCCCCCCCCCCCCAUCCUGCAGCAACUCAGGACGGGAUCACGCUCACAGGAAUACACAGCCAACAGAGAGCGAGAGAGACUCUUCUCUUCUACACGGUCUUAUCUUUAUCCCCUCGGUGGGAAUGCGCUGGUACAUUUCCACAGACAUGGCAUAGAGGGGAGAGAGUGGGAGAGAGAGAAAGGCUUUGCUGUUUUUCAGCUGGGAAUGGAGGAGAGAGUGUUUUUGUUUUUUUAAUGCCUGUCUAUGACUAGGGAGAGAGAGUCCAAUGCCUUCUAUGGCAAGGAGGACUGAAGAAAGGUGGAAGGGAUAUGUACUAAUGUGUAUGUGCUGCAAUGCACAGUAAAGGUUUAGCUAGUUAUACAGGAUUGAAUGAUGGAAGUAUUUUUCCAGGUUUGUCAUUAUCAGAAAGAAGAGCAAGGACUGUGUAAAAUGCACGUGGUGUAGAUUCAUCUUUUUUAAAUAUAUAUAUCCUCUCUGUUGGUGAGAGAUGAGUGAGGGACUGUAAGUAAAGUGCAUGUCAGUGACGAUGUGGUAAGAUUGGUAGGUGGCAUUGACAGGGUUGUAGUGAAGUGGUAAAGACAUUGGUAAUCCUAGUGAAAGACUGUAUGAGGGCAUGGUUGUAUCAGUGUUAUACAAAUGUUUUCUAACGUUGUCCUCAAAGAUGUAGACUUCCAGCUGGUCCACAAAGAAACUCUUUCUCUUUUUAUAAUAUAAAUUGUCUGUUUUUUUUUUGGUGUGUGUUUUUCGCAAAUCAACAGCUUGUGCAACUGGGAAUGCUUUAACGUAGGUAGAUUUUGUCCUGUAGUUUUUGUCAUGUGGUUCUGUAGUUGUAGCGAACAUGGGAUUGCCUUCCCAGAAUGCUCUGCUUCUGAGUGCAUAGAACGUGAACACACUUGUUUAACCCCGUACAAUAUCUCAUGACCUCAGAAUACGCCUCCUACAAUGACAGGUGUCAAUGUAUGACUCGUACCCUAGGACAGGGGUGUAUGACUCGUACCCUAGGACAGGGGUGUAUGACUCGUACCCUAGGACAGGGGUGUAUGACUCAUACCCUAGGACAGGGGUGUAUGACUCAUACCCUAGGACAGGGGUGUAUGACUCAUACCCUAGGACAGGGGUGUAUGACUCAUACCCUAGGACAGGGGUGUAUGACUCAUACCCUAGGACAGGGGUGUAUGACUCAUACCCUAGGACAGGAUUGUAUGACUCAUACCCUAGGACAGGGGGUAUAACUCAUACCCUAGGAUAGGAUUGUAUAACUCAUACCCUAGGACAGGGGUGUAUGACUCAUACCCUAGGACAGGGGUGUAUAACUCAUACCCUAGGAUAGGAUUGUAUAACUCAUGCCCUAGGACAGGGGUGUAUGACUCAUACCCUAGGACAGGGGUGUAUGACUCAUACCCUAGGACAGGAUUGUAUAACUCAUACCCUAGGACAGGGGUGUAUGACUCAUACCCUAGGACAGGGGUGUAUGACUCAUACCCUAGGACAGGGGUGUAUAACUCAUUCCAUGGAGGGCCUAGUGUCUGCUGGUUUUUGUUUUUUUCCUUUCAAUUAUAACCUUGACAACCAGGUGAGGGGGAGUUCCUUACGGGUAAUCAGCGACCUUAAUUCACCAAUCAAGUAAAAUGGCGGAGCGAAAACCCACACACUCGGCUCUCAGUGGAAGGAGGUUGACACGUGCCCUAGGAUAUCUGGAGUCUCUCCAGAACACUAAAACCCCUGUUUACAGGGCGCCAUGUGGUCUUGCUAGAUCUUCCCAUCCAAUAAUUGUCCAUUUUUUUGUUUGUUGAUGAUGGCGGUGGAAAACGCUGUCUCAGGCGCGCGCUCCAGAAUCAAUUGGGUUGAGAUCUGGUGAAUGAGACGGCCAUGGCACAGGAUUUGCAUUGUUUUCGUGCUCAUUAAACCAUUUAGUGACCCCUUGUGCCCUGUGGAUGGGGGCAUUGUCAUCCUAUAGCCAUGGUAGUCAAGAUAAUGGCCAAAAUGAUACAUUACCCUAAGUAUAUGUUAAUUGCUUAAUUAACUCAGGAAACACACCUAUGUGGAAGUACCUGCUUUCAAUAUAUUUUUUAUCCCUCAUUUAUUCAAGUGUUUCCAUUAUUUUGGCAGCUUCCUGUAGAUCCACUGAACCAUUACUCAGUGCUUUCUUUCACCACUAGGAGGCACACUGCAGCUCACCCGCAGACCAAGCAUGUACAUGCAUAUGCAGUACAGUGUGGAAUAAUAGCUCUUUGAGUCCUCAUAAACUAUGGUCCCAAAUGUGCUCUUCUUCCCCUGGCAGGUGUUAUGGUGGGACAGUGAACUGGCUUUGAGAGUGCCUCCGCCCACAGUCUAUCUGGGGAUGUCGCUCCUCUUGUUAUUCAAGGAUAUUCAUGGCCAACUCAUCUCACGCCAUUUAGGCUCUGUAGUGGUCUGCCAAUCAGAGUCCUACAUCAGAUAUGUUUCUUGAAUGUUGCGCUGACAAAUUUCCUUGCCAUAAUGAGGGGAGUGGGGGGUGAGGUGAGUUUUGCCUAUGUUGGUUAAGGGGAGGGAAAUAUUUUCUUUUAAGGUAGGGAGGGUUAGUAAGGUGCGGGAGAUGUGGACACCAGGGCAUCCUAUGUACUGGGCCCUGACAAGGAUCUGAUAUUUUUGAGAGACCGAGCGGUUCAUUUAUGUCUAUUCAAGCAAUCCAUCUUUUGAGGGGAAUUUUUCUAAAGGGCUUGUACAGAAUCAUGUUUUCAAGUUAGAUGGGCUAGUAUCCAAAACACACAAAGGGAAGCGAGUUUAAACACAAAACUCCUUGACUGGUCUGAAACCUCAUCCCUGUGAAUGUAUGUUGAAGUGUCCUGGGGGGGGGGUCUUCCCC